AUGGAGAGCCAAACAGAUCAUUUAUACCACGUCUUACUUACAGUGAUUGACUACCACAAAGAGCCUUCAGGGAAACAACCGUCUACCUACGUUAUCAACACCUGUGGUUCUCUCAACAGAGCUAAGAACUCCUCCUACAGAAUCCUACCUAUGCUUCGGUACAAGGUCGAAGACUUCGCCGAGUUUGCCCUCCAUUCAGGCCCCCGGGGCUCACACAAACACGGCGACAGAGUGUUAGUGUAUGCCAAAGCACUAAGUGGUCGGGUGUUCGUGGUUUCAAUACUCGUGACUCCGAACAAGUUACAAUUGAGGAUGGGUUGCGAUGGCAGAAUCGUCCUUCCUUCCGGGACAUCAUCACUCCAGUAUGUGAUACAGACAACCGUCGACUAUAGUAAACACCGCGCUGGGACUGAACAGGAAACACAAAUCGAGGGUAUCUUUGUCCACCGUGAGGAAGCGCUCGCAGCAGCCCAGAACAUUCUCAAUCCGCUUGACUUUGCAGAUUUUAGAACACCCGAGAGACUGGAUGGGAAAUGGCCCCACGGAGAAGAGGUUGUGUCCUAUGCAGUCUCAGACAAGGGGCUCAACAUAUUUGUCAUUCUUACUACUACUUCAGACUUGGAGAGGAUAUAUCAGAGCUAG